AUGGUGGGCCUGGAUGCUGCCGGAAAAACUACCAUAUUGUAUAAAUUGAAACUAGGUGAAAUAGUCACAACAAUACCUACUAUUGGCUUCAAUGUUGAAACUGUUGAAUACAGAAAUAUAUGUUUCACGGUGUGGGAUGUUGGUGGUCAGGAUAAAAUCAGACCGCUUUGGAGACACUACUUUCAAAAUACUCAAGGUCUUAUUUAUGUUGUUGAUAGUAAUGACCGUGAACGCAUUGGAGAGGCAGAACGUGAAUUAGCAAACAUGUUAAAAGAAGAUGAACUGAGAGAUGCGGUUCUCUUAGUUUUUGCUAAUAAACAAGAUUUACCAAAUGCCAUACUAUUAUAUUUUAUACAAAAACCAGGAGGUGGAGGAGUUGUUGCUCCAAACCCAGGUGGUGGAUUUGUGAAACCUGGUGGUUUAGAACUACUGCCACUUAAAGCUGGAAAAUCUUCUAAAUGA